AUGGAGGAGAGGAAAGAGGGAAAGGCGUCUGCCGGGAGGGUUAUGGAGAUGGAUUCGAGCUCCGACGCGGCUGCGGCGUGGGUGUCCCGGUCGGCGAGCUUGUGGAGGCACGCGAGCACGCGGUGCUUCAGCUCACGCGCCUGCGCCUGUGCCUGCUUGCUGGGGUUCGAGCCCGACAUUUUUUUUUUCUUGAUGGGAGAGUGGUUGAGCUCAGUGGUUGUGGCGCCGCCGGAUCGCCGGCAGCAUUGGCGGUGGUUCGCCGGUAGGUGGUGCUUGGAAGCUCUUGUGGUCCGACUGAUUUUAUGCGCAGUUGAUAACGAUUACCGUUUAGAGAGAUAUUUUACCCCGCGUGAUAGCAAAGUUGGUGGUGAAAGGUGGGAAUCUUUUAAAUCCAAUGACAUCAACUUUCAAAUUUAA